AUGUCAUCAUUCGACGUGCUCAUUAUCGGGGCAGGUAUAUCAGGAAUAAAUGCCGCCUAUCGUCUGCAAGAACAAUUCCCUGACUACCGCUUCGCUGUCCUGGAGGCACGCGACAACAUCGGGGGUACAUGGGACCUGUUCCGCUACCCUGGCAUCCGAUCAGACUCCGAUCUGUAUACCUUUGGCUUCCAGUGGUUCCCAUGGAACCAGCCAAACCCCAUUGCGGAAGGGGGCGACAUCUUGAAGUAUCUGGACGAUGCGGUUGCCGCGCAUGGUCUCAGGCAGCAUAUCCGCCUCAACCACCGCGUAAAGGCCGCCAAAUGGGGCGGACAGGGAUGGAAUGUGGAAGUGGAUAACGGAGGAGAAUCGCAGGACCUCAGCAGCAGGAUGGUCAUAUUCGCCACCGGCUACUACGACUACCACGACCCUCUAGACGCCGCAAUCCCGGGCCUUCAGAGCUUCAAAGGGGAAGUAAUCCACCCGCAAUUCUGGCCUGAAAAGUUCGAUGCCGCAGGAAAGAAAAUAGUGAUCAUUGGAAGCGGUGCAACGGCCGUGACCCUGGUGCCCUCACUGGCAGAGGACGCAGAGUCCGUAACAAUGCUGCAGCGCAGCCCUACCUACCUCGCCUCCAUCCCCAACCGGAGCCCCAACACCAUCUGGAGCAGACUCCUGCCACGCUCAGUGCUGUAUCACUUCCGUCGACUGUGGUAUCUGACCGUCCCGCAACUCUUCUACCAGUUCUGUACCAGCUUCCCACACGCCGCGAGAGGGUUGCUCCAGAAGGGUAUCAAGCGACAACUUCCCCCUCAUAUCGGGCUGGAACCGCAUUUCACUCCUCGCUACAAUCCCUGGCAACAGAGACUCUGCGCCUGUCCAGACGGAGACUUCUUCAACGCACUCCGCUCCACCAAAGCACACGUCGAGACGGGCGUCAUUGAAAGCGUCACCGAAACCGGAAUCCAGCUGACGAGUGGCAAAACACUCAACGCAGACGUUAUCGUCACAGCAACAGGCCUGCGGAUGAAAUUCUUCGGCGGAAUCCCGAUAUACAUCCAGGACGAGAAGUUUGACCCGUCCGAGAAGUAUAUGUGGAAUGCGCUCAUGCUGCAGGAUCUGCCGAAUGCGAUGACGGUGCUUGGGUUUGCGAAUGCGUCGUGGACGCUUGGGGCCGAUAUUGCGAUGACCCUUGGAUGCAGGAUAUUGAAGCACAUGCAGAGCAACUCUCAUUCGACUAUCACUCCGACUCUAGAGAGCCAGACUAGGCUGGAUACUCGUCCGCCCUUGGAUCUCCAGUCUAACUAUGUCAAGCGUGCGCAGAAGGAGCUGCCCAAGGCGUCUGGGGAGAGACCGUGGGUGUCGCGGACUGGAUACUUCUCGGACAAGUACUUUGCGUCGUUUGGAGAUAUUCGAAAAGGCCUGGUCUUUUCUUAG